UUUGCGCAGACAUCAGCAGGAGCGAGCAGAGCUCUGCCCAGCGGCAUCAAUGCGCUGUCGUUAAAUGUAUUUUUCCCUGUGCGGUAAAAGCAACUACAAGCUCCGGCUGUAUCAUUCACAUGUUUAUUGGCGGAUUUCGUGACACAUGGCCGCGACGGGACACGAGCACCCUUCUGCAGAGGAGGAAGACCUGUCCUCCUCAGUGGCUCGAUAUGGCUCCGCAAACAGCAGCAGCGAGCAUGACCCUCAGAGUAACAGCCAUAACAGCAACAUUAGCAACCACAGGUUUCCCACGACAACCACGGGUCACUGGGUCAGGGCCGACCAGGAAGAGGAGGACAUUCGCAGGAAGCUGAAAUACUUCUUCAUGAGCCCUUGUGAUAAAUAUCACGCCAAGGGUCGCAAGCCUUACAAGCUAAUCCUGCAGCUGCUCAAGAUCAUUAUUGUCACAGUACAGUUAGUGCUGUUUGGGCUCAGUAACCAGGUGGUGGUGACUUUUAAAGAGGAGAACACAAUGACCUUCAAGCACCUCUUCCUCAAAGACUAUGAUGAAUCUUCAGAUGAUACCUUUGCUGUUUACACCCAGCAGGACGUCUAUGAUCACAUUUUCUAUGCAGUGGAGAAGUACCUGGCCUUACCAGAGACCACAGUAGGACGCUACGCAUACGUCUACAAUGUCGGUGUGAAUGGCAGCGCGCUCUCCCUCUGCCAGCAGUACUACAAGAAGGGACGGAUCGACCCAGCCAACGAUACUUUCAGCAUAGACCCUCACGUCCUCACAGACUGCAUCGGCGUCAGUCCUCUGUCUACCCCCCCAGCUCAGCUCACCAACAGCUACAAGAACUUUACCCUCAAGUUCCACAAGUUGAUAAAUGUUACCAUAGAGUUCCAGCUGAAGGCGAUCAAUAUUCAGACCAUCAUCAACAACGAAAUUCCCGAUUGCUACACAUUUUUCAUCACAAUAAUUCUGGACAACAAGGCCCACAGUGGGAAGGUGAAGAUCUGGUUAGAAAACCAGGCAAAAAUCAAGGAAUGUAAAGACCCAAGCGUUUCUGGACACGCUGAGAACUAUACACGUGUAGCGUUUGAUGUGGCCGUAGCUCUGGUGUGUGUGCUGUCUCUGCUGCUGUGUGGACGGUCCAUACUGCGAGGCAUCAUACUGCAGCAGGAGUUUGUGCAAUACUUUAAAGAGACUCUGGAUCGCAAAGUGUGCUGGACAGACCGGCUUGAGUUUAUUAACGGCUGGUAUAUUCUCCUCAUCGUCAGCGACGUCUUCACUAUCACUGGCAGUAUCAUCAAAAUCGGGAUUGAAUCAAAGAAUAUGUCAUCUUAUGACCUGUGUGGGAUCCUCUUAGGGACCUCCACUCUCUUGGUGUGGGUUGGGGUCAUUCGCUACCUCACGUUCUUCCAAAAGUACAAUAUCCUCAUCAUCACACUCCGAGCAGCGUUUCCCAACGUGAUCCGGUUCUGCUGCUGCGUAGCGGUCAUCUAUCUGGGUUACUGCUUCUGUGGCUGGAUUGUUCUUGGGCCGUACCAUGUGAAGUUUCGGUCCCUGUCCAUGGUGUCGGAGUGCCUUUUCUCCCUGAUUAACGGUGACGACAUGUUCGUGACCUUCGCUGAAAUGCAGGACAGCAGUCCUAUGGUGUGGCUGUUCAGCCAAGUUUACCUCUACACCUUCAUCUCUCUCUUCAUCUACAUGGUCCUCUCUCUGUUCAUCGCUCUCAUCACAGGCGCUUACGAGACCAUUAAGCAUCAAACCCAGGAACCACUGCACAUCACAGACCUACACGCCUUCAUAGCAGAGUGUACAGAUGCACCAAACUCCGGGAAGUUCAGAGGCCUGGAGACGUCACCUUGCUCCUUUUUCUGCUGCUGUGACAGAACAACAACAUAUGAAGACGUCCUACUGGUGAAUUAACGUUGACCUCAGUCAUGUUAGAGGCCUCAUAACCCCCCUCUACUGACCAAAGGGACACGCUGCCAGUCUCUGGAUUCCCAGCAUCUGUAUAAACAUUCUGCAUCUGGGUCAAACUUCGGUACUGAAGGGGGAGUUACCAUCAGCUGGUUCUUCUCUGAGCUUUUGUUUUUUUUUUUUUUUUUUACUCCACUGAGAGCAGACUGUGGGCAGAAAAAGGGCUGGACCUCUCCUCUGUUUGAGCAGGACUAAACAGCAUCACAGAUGACUACCGCAUACACAUUUCUAUUUUGUUUUUUGUAGAAAAAAAACACAAUAUUGAAAAUACCAUUUAUUUUCUGUGUAUAUUGACGCACAUCUUCUGUUGGAAAGAGACCAUCUGUUGGUGCUGUUUUUAAUGUUGUUUUUUUUUUUUUUUUUUUACCUUUGUAGUAUUUAAAUUAACACAAUUUUCUUACAACCAAUUUUAUUUAUGAAAAUUUUAUUUCUAGAUAUUUGAUUUAAAGAUCAUGUUGGGACAUUUAACUAAAGGAGAAAAAGAAACCUCCACAUCUAAUCAGAAAACAGAACUACAAACAGACCCAACGUGAAGUUGUUUUCUCUGUAGCUGUAAACCAGGUGAUGUGAUUUGUUGCGUUUAUCUUACUAAUAAUCAGUUAAGGGAUGCACAGUCAGCGUAGCCUGUGGUUACUUAAAGGAUGAAACUCGUAAAGACCCAUGUGUGUUUAUUUAAUGAUGUCAAACUAUCCUCAAGAAGCAAAAACUCCUUCCUUUGAAUGCAAUUUAACAUGUUAGUCCUCUCCAUUUGAUGCUCCUUAACAAACUGUCUCUGACUUGUUUUUAUCCUGGUUUUGGGUCAACUGCAAAAACACAAAAUAAUACCAGCAGAAACAUAAUAAUGCCCUGUCUUUGUGACUCCUAGUUAGUAUUUUUAUUAUCUUUUCUUUAACUUCUGUCCUUUUGGAAGCAUAAAUAAGUUAGCUUUCUUAUUCUUUGUACCGCAGCGAGCGCACAAUAGAUCAGUUAACACGACAGUCUGGGUUUCACAGACUGUUUGUUGAGAUGAUCUCUGGUCCAAGAAGCAGUAUAAGAUGACUGACAUGUUUUCAUGUCAUUUUUCGUCCAACAUACCAGCAACAUCACAUUUUUUAACUAAAUAUGCUGGUGGACAAUGAGUUUAAUGUGCCAAAUUUAUCUGUUUUUAAAUGCUAUGACAUGUAUGUGUAUCUUAUCUUGUAUUACCAAGAUGUAUCCUUUUAAAAAUGACAUGUUUUGUUUGUACAAAUUAACUGAGAUGCAUACAGUGUGAGUUGAUGUGUAGUCAUCUGCUUGAUGUCCUAUAUGAUAUAUUACUAAACUUCUGAUGAAGUUUGACACUGGAUUAUCUUUGAUAUUAAAACAUCAAUUUAU